AUGUCGAUCCCUCAGUACUUCAAUGAGUACACUGCAAUCAAAGGCUAUGGUCCUGUCCACACAAGCGCUCGUUGGUUCAACGAUAUGGUGAAUGUCCCGUUCUCCUCGGAACCUUUUGUUGCUAGCGUGGUGGCAUUCUUCUUGGACAACACAUUGCACAAGAAAGAUUCAUCGAUAAGGAAAGACAGAGGAAAGCAUUGGUGGGAUAAGUUUAGGUCUUUCAAAGGUGAUACAAGAAGUGAGGAGUUCUAUUCUCUUCCUUUCAAUCUCAACAAAUACUUCCCUUCUGUCUAGAAACGGAGGAGAGAGAGAGAGAGAUGAGGAAACAAGUUUACUCAAGAGUUUCACCAUUGUUGCCUCUUGAGUUCUUUUGUUUUGUUCCUUUCACAAAACUUUGGGAACUUUUAAAAGAUAUCUCACAUUCUAUAGUCUUAUUUACAAGAAUGAUCGAUUAUGAACCUUGAGAGCAUUGUUGUUUUACUCUCUCUAAUGCUUUUGACUUUGUAAAUCUAAGGGUACACAAGUUUGUGAUUUUUGAUUAAUUUGUAAGUCUUUAGUUUGAUUUUGC